AUGCGCCAGUUCGACAAUGUCUCGAUAUCGCCAUGGGCGAACCCAUACGCCGGCCCCAACACAAACACCGGCAAGAACUUCUAUGCUACCGCGCCCCAACCACCGGCUCAACCUCUCUAUCGCCGGGUGGUUGCGCCUCCUCCAAAAUUCUCUUAUACGGGCGUUGCACAUGUAAUUGAUGAUAAGCGCACCGAUGACGAUCAAGCAGAACCAGGAAUCGCCUCGACAGCACCAGAUGCUUCAGAUUUACCACCUGUGGCAGAAGCCACGCUAGCAGAGGCCGCACCUCCAGCCAUACCAGAAGUACCUCCCCCAGGAGAACCUUCGAUAACAACAGAUACACCUGUAGCAACAGUCCCAGCAGAAACUAUACCCGAAGACCCACCGACACAACAAGCAGAGGCUGCCUCCAGUAGUGGGGACGAUGUUGUGGCAGCCGAAGUUGUGACUGAGGAUGUUAAAGAUGAACCUCCGGGAUCAAGCGAUGCCACGAGCGUUGAAGUAUCACCGCCUCCACCAGCUUCGCCAGUACCGGUAAUAGGGCUGCCGACAUCAGAGGUUUUGCCAGUACCCCCUAGUGAGCCCGUGCCUCCUCCGCCGCCAGCACCACCAGCGGAUGCAACACCUGAGCCUGUAGUCGCUGAGAGUGAGAAGAGUGGUGAGUCCGAGCAGGCCGCUCAAGAGCCCCCGAAAUCCCCAACUGAGAAGUUUGUCCAUUUUGCCUCUGACACCAAAGACCCAGACGCCGCAAGUAUUGGCAAGAAGAAGAAGUAUGGUAAAGGCAAGCCCACCGCGUUUGUUCGUCCCAGAAAGCCAUCGAAAUCCGUUCCCCUUGCGUCGCCGCCGAAGGACGGAAAGAAGAAUGCUAUGGUUCCAAUCAGCAUCAUGAAAAAGGAGCGAAGUGGUUCAAUGUUCUCAGCGUUCACUAGUGAGAAGUUGAUGAAGGGGGAUAUGAGGAAGUCAGGAGGAAAGAGAGGCAGUGAUGACGGUAGUAUAUCACCAAGUGACGACGGGUCGGUCGUGAUCAUCGACGGAGAUGCAUCCCCUUCGGUCGUCUCCGAAAGCGUUAUCAUCGAGGAACCUACCGAAGCCGCUUCAGAAUCGAUCGUAAUCGAGGCCGUACCGCCGCCACCACCGCCGAACGAUACUCCAACUGUAGAAGACGAGGUUGCUGUUGGUGAGGAUACUGUGGAGGCACAGCAUGAAGCAGCAGUCACAGACAGCCCUACCACCGAAGGCAACGAGCCUGUCGUUGCCGAGUCCCCUACUGAAGCCGUAGCAGAGGAGACUACCGCAAAUGAUCCUGUAAUCGAAGACACCCCUGCCUUUUCGGACGAGCCGACAGCAGAUGCGGGUUCCGAAGGACCUGCUGCGACACCAGAGCCGCCGGUGGAAGGUUCAAGUACUAUGAGUGAGGAUACAAAGCCACCCGUCGAAGCGGAACCUGAAAAAGAACAAGCUUCGGCAGACGGUGUAGAUGUGGUUGAGCCCAAGGUGGCCUCUUCAGACGAAGAGCAACCAGUCGAAGCGGAGAGCCCUGCUGAAGCGGCACCGGCACCAGCACCGGCGGAGGACUCAGUUGUGGGCGAGGCUGCUAGUGAGUUAGCAGUGGAAGACACGACUACCGUUGGGGAAUCGACUGCAAUCGAAGUACUACCCUCUGCUGUAGAAGAGGCACCCGCUGUCGAGGAACAACCUCCUGCUCCUGAAGAAGCUCCGGUGAUCAACGAUCCGCCAAUCACCGAGGAGACUUCUGCUGUUGGAGAGGUGGAAACAUCCACAGCUGAAGAGACACCCAGUGGCGAAGUAGCAUCAUCUGGUGAAGAACCGACCUCUGCGGACAUACAAACAUCGGCUGAAGAGGUACCCGCGGCGGACGAGACAGUUGUUUCUCCAGAAUCGGCUGACAAUGAGGAACAAUCUGCUCCUGGAGAUACUCCAGUCACUGAAGUCACCCCUGUUACUGAAGAGCCAUCCUCGGCCGAAGCAUCGCCUGCGAGUGAAGCGGCACCGGUUGCUGAGGAGACAAUUGCCGCCGUUGAAGAGGCUCCUCAGGCUGAUAGUACUUCUGAUGCUUCAGACACGCCCGCUACUGGAGAGACUUCUUCUACAGACAAUCCCACCGCUGACGAUACCCCGCCUACUGAAGAACUACCGGUACCCGAAGAAGUCUCAGCUGUGGAUGGCACACCUACUGCCGAAGAAGCAUCUGCAGGCGAAGAAGCACCAAAGGCUGAAGACGCCAUCGUUGUCGACGAGGUACCUGUUACAGAAGAGAUGCCAGCCAGUGAGGCCACUACUGUCACUGAAGCGGUAACUACGUCUGAUGAAUCGCCAGCUGCUGGUGAACCAGUCGCUGUUGAGGAGACACCUGCUGUGGAGGAGACACCUGCUGUCGAGGAGACGCCGGCUCUUGAUGAAUCACCCGCUGCUGAGAAGACACCUGCUGUUGAGGAUAUACUUGUUGUUGAGGAAAUACUAGCUGCUCAGGGAGCGUUAGUUGCUGAGAUAGCAGAAGAUGCCGCCGCGUCAAACCCAGAACCGGAUGCUGCUCAAGAACAGUCCCUACUCGAAGGGAACGAAGAUGUCGAACCAUCUCCUAUCGCAGAUCAGGAGGCUCCAGUCGAGACCUUACUGGUUGAAGAACAUGCAGAUGUUGCGUCCCGAAGUACUCCGAACGAAAAGGAAUCUCAAGGAUCUGAAUCUUCAGCUGUCGAAGAUGCCGUCUCCGAGCCUCCCGUUUCUGAAGAAGUUCCAGAGCCCGAGACAGUUACGUCCAGCGACCCGCCAUCGACUGAGAACGACGAUAAGAUUGAAGACACAGAUGCUGGAGAAGUAGGAAAUGCUGAGUCAGUGGUGGCUGUAGCUGAGUCAGAUAACUUGAGCGCUGAGAUUACGGAGGAGUUACAAGCCGAUAGCACGAUCGAAGAUCCAGUCGCAGUGGACGCCAGCGAACCUAUCCCGGCCGAGAACGCUAGCGACACAACAUCUGGUGAAGGCAACAGUGAGCCUAAUACUGUGCAGGAUGAAGGCAAGGUGCCUACGGAAGAACCGGAGGCUACAACUGUCCCUGAAGAAGCAGACCCAACAAGUGCUUCUCCGCCGACUGACGACGACUUGGCGACAGCUCCUCCCGAGAACACCCAAGCGACUGAAGUCGUGGCUGAUGUAACACACGACGAGUCUAUUGUACCGACAGAAAGCGUCGCCGAUAUGGGAGAUGCCAACAAUGAGCCGAGUGAAGAGGCGAUCAUCGCGCCCAUCGAAGUCGUGACAGCGGAGACUGAAGCAAACGGUGAAGAUGUGGAGGCCACAGAGACUAUGCAAGACAUUUCCGAUUGGGAAAAAGACGAAGAUAACGUCAGCGACCUAGAGAUAUCUGACUGGGAAAAAGACGAUGCCGAUGCUUCAUCGCAGGCUGGUGAGAGUGAGACCAACCCUUCCGAGCACCAAGACUACGAAGACGACCGCAUCGCGCAAGAAGCAUCUGAACCUACGCCAGAGACAGAGAAGCCAUCAGAUCAGCAAGAGCGCGAGGCUGUGGAGCAGGUCCAGCAGAUCGACACUGAAGCCUCUGUUCCGCCCAUCGAUGUCGCCGUCGAGGACGAUGCAGUCCCCACUGGAGUCACAGAGGCAGAACAGACUGUCGAAGACACAUCCACGACUCGUGAACCAGAGGUGUCAGAGCAAAAUGAUGUUACGCAACAAACCGAAGACCAGACAAAGGACGAGGAGCCCUCAUCCUCUGACCCUGCGGCAGAGCCUCCUGAGCCACCAGAGACGAUCACUCCAGCUGAUACAGCCGCAGCUGAUCAAAAACCAAUUUCAGUCGAAAUUGACACGCCCAAUCAAGACGAUAUUGAAGAUGCGAAGUCGACUACGGGUGUCGAGGAUGUCAUUGGCACAACUGAGGAUGUGUCUGCACCAACAGAACCCCACUCAGAUCUUAGCCAGCCAGAUGCAUCAGAGGAGAACAACAUCACCGAUUCAAGCACAGACGCACAGGAGGAUGCGACUGCACAUGAAUCGCCAGCCGAUGAUCUGGAGCCAGCGGUGAACGACGAGGCUGCCAAGGACAGCGAGCAAGCCAUAGUCUCGGCUGCACCCGAUGACGUGGAGAAUCCAGACGCAUGCACAGCCGAGACUGAAGCAGCCCUACCCAACCUCGACGACACCCCGGACGAAUCAUGCGCAAGCAUCCCAGCUGACGCGACCAGCGAAGUCAGCCCAGACCCUGUCUCAAAAGAGGCUGACGUUGAUACGCCCAUUGAACAACUCGCGGUUGAAGAGAGUCACACUGAAAACGCCGUGGGCGAUCCAUCUGUUGUUCAAGUUAUUCCCGAAGAGACCGACCAUGAUGUUGUAGCGAACAUUGCGCUAGCAGAAGCCGAGCACGACUCUGCACCAGACAUGCCGGCCAAGAAAGCACCGGAAGUGGUUCCCGAGGACGUUGGGUCUGAGGAACCUCAACCUUCGGAGGUUUCCGUUGACUCUAACACCGGGCCAUCGCCGGAUGAUGAGUCAGCAAAAGAGCAGGAUUCUGAUGCGGGAAGUGAGUCUGGGUCUGAGUCCGAAGAUGAUGACUGGUCAGGGUCGGAGGCAUCUGCUGCGCCUUCUGCAUCUGAAGUUCCACAGGUCGACGACACGCCUGACUCGGCACCCGCUCAAGAUGAAACAACCAAUGCCGAAGAUGCUCCGCCGAGUGAAGACGCUGCCGUCGCUGCUGUAGAGCCUGACGCUGCGGCGGAGGAUCAUCAGUCAAUCGUCGACGAUGGCGCUGGUUCGGAUGACGACUCUGCUUCUGAGCUUUCCUCAAAGGCCCAAGAAGAGGAACAGAGCUCUGUGUCGGUAGAGGAGGCUGCCAAUCCCGAUGACGAAGAAGUUGCCGAGAGCCCAGAGUCACCAGUAGAGUCCGCCCCAGUCGCGGAUACGCACCCAGGGUUAUCGCUCGAAGUCAAUGUCGCAACGUCUGAGAUCGUCCCGGAGGCAGAGGCUCCUACAUCAGAGGUCGAUGAUCCAUCUGCUCCCGCUCUCGAACCAGUUUCGGAGGAGGAGCAAGCAGGCGACGAGGAUGACGCCAGUGCUGCCACCCAGGACGAUUCUGCCAACGACGACUCUCUAGUAUCAACAGAAGGCUCCGCCGAGCCUGAAGAAGAGGCGCCCGCAGUUGUGGAAGUGCCCGAACCGGCCGACGAACCCAAGGGUGAAGAAGAGGCGCCCGAGGAAGAUGAGGCUGAUGAUGUCUCUCUGGUGAGCGAAUCCGACAGCGAGAGCGAGGCUGGAGAGUCUGUCUUGCCACCGGAAGACGAUGUAGAGGCUGAUAUCGACGCUACUCAAACUUCAAUUGACUCGGAAGAGGUAGACGCUGGCGUACCAGAAGCCGAGCAAACAGUGAUCGACGAGGUCGCUGAUGCUGAGCCGCAAGCAUCUGAAGCGGGGGAUGUACCUGUGAUUGAGCAAGAGGCGGAACAGCCCACUGAACCAGAAACGACAGAAUCAGUCGCAGCGGAACCUGAUGCGGAGCUAGUUGAGCCAGAGGCUGGCGUGAACGAGAUUGACGAGGCGUUGGCCGACGAGGUGGACGAGGCGCAAGAACUGGCGGCGACACCAGUUGAGGCCCCUGGAGAGGAGCCUGACAUAGCCAAAGAGGACGAAGCCGCCGAACCUGCACCUCUAGAGGAAUCAGAUGAUGGUCAGCCUUCAUCUCCUGUUGAAGACGCACCAGAUUCACUUGCUGAAGAGGCCAAUUCAAAUGAUGGCUCCGAAGCUGCAGAGGAAGAUGAUGAACCUUCAGCGGUUGACGUGAGCGAAGAGAAGGAUGACCAGCCGGAGGAAGCCCCGUCCGCACCGGAGCCAACACCAGCAGAAGAUACACCGCCUGAAGAGGCUGCUGCAGAGGCGGUAGAGGCACCUGUGGAGCCCGCUGAACCAGUAAUCGAAGAAGCCGUUGUAGAAGAAGCUGCCGCAGUCGUCCAAGACCCACCUUCCGAAGCAGAGUCAGAACAAGCAGCCGAAGAACCCCAACAGGACGAAGAGCCGGUACCUGCGCCUUCCUCUGAGCCCGAGGAAGAAGAGCCACAGGCACCACCCGAGGAAGCCCCUGUUGAAGAUCAGCCCGAACCCGAGGAGCCAGCUACUGCUGAAGAGCUCGAGCCACCAGCUGAAGCAGCUCCAGAGGAACCCGAGGAGCCAGCUGAGGCGGUAUUGGCUCCAGAGCCAACCCCAGAAACUGAGGAACCCGCUGAACCAGCGGCGGAGCCAGAAGCCGAGCAAAUUGUGGAGGACGGUGCCAAGGAGGUCUCGGUACCAGACCCAGAAGUGGAGACGGAAGAAGUCGUAGCGGAAGUGGCCAAUGAAGAUAUUCCUGAACCUCAACCAGCCGACGAUGCCACGGCGGAGAGGUCCCUCUAUGUUGGUGAAAGUCCGAGCAGAACUCCACCGCCACCACCACUACCUGCUGUCGUUGCCGCGUUGGUUGACAACAGCACUGAUGACCAUAUGGUCAGGGAGCGCGAUUUCGCAGUCGAAGAUGAACCGUCUGCCGACACUCCCAGUCGGGAGAAGACUCGUCGUCGAUAUUCGCACUCCCGUCGCGAGAGCCAGCAUCAGUCCAGCCGUAGGCGAGAAAGCGGUGCUAGCACCAGGGAGCGGCCAAUAAUGCCAUCUUCGGCUGUUCCUGAUGCGCCAAGGACAAGACGGCGCGAUAGCAUGACUGAGCGCGAAGCUGAGCGAAGAAGGGAAAGACUUCGCGAGGCUGAGAAGCCUAGUAGUGGCAGCGACAGAGAGAAGGCCUAUGAGAAGGCCUACCCCGAAUACCGCUCACGCCACCGAGAAACUAGGGGUGAAGAGAGAUACAGCAAACGUCAACCCGCCGAGGAAGUUGACGAAGAAGCUGAAAGACAAAAGCGACGUGAAUUACGACGGGCCGAGAGAGCUGAAAGAGAGCGUCUCGCUGCAGCAGACGCUGCCCGCCUGAAGGCUGAGGAAGAAGCAAGAAAGUUGGAGCAUCGUGAAAGACGUCGUGCAGUUAGGCGUGCCGAAGAGGAGCUUAUGAGGGCAAUGGAGGAACGUAAGAAGCUUAAAGAGGAGAAAAGGCUUGCGAUGGAAGAAGAGGAGAGACGUCUUCGACAUGAGAAGAGACGGCAGCGGCACGAGGCCGAAAAGGAGGCAAGACGCUUGGAGCAGGAAAAGAUUGAGCAGGCUGCGCGUGAAGAAGAGGAGGCGAGGAGGCUACGGCGGCAAAAGAGGGCGGAACGAGAAGCAGCCAAAGCGGCUGGUUUGAAGCCAAAGGAAGAGUUGGUUGAACUUUCUCGCGAUGCUGCCAGACGAGCAGCAGAGGAAGACGACGACAACGCCUCCCCUCCCCCUCCAUUGCCACCCGUAGGCGACGAAACACCACCUCGUAGCGCGCCGCGCCGACGCUUGAGUACUCGAGAGACUCCACCAAACGUGAAGCGCGGCAGUCUUUUCGGUGGCAUCUUUGGUCGCUCAAAGCCUGAUCCUACUCCGCCUAGCUCGAAACCAUCCGGAUCAACUCGCGCCCGUGCGAACACGCUGGAGACGACGCCUGUCAAGCCAUCGCGAAGAGAACCUGAAGCCGAACGACCCUCAAGCAGAGAUCAAUCGUCAGACCAGAGCCGAGAGCGUCCCGAGCGCAUGCACCGCAGUCGGCGUCACUCACACAGUCAACGUCGCUUCGCUUCUGCUGAGGAGGAAGCUGACUACUACAAAUGGAAAGAAGAGCGACGUUAUAUGCGCCGUCCCGAACAUGAAAUGUCUGGUGGACGAGAUGGAGGGGUUUCCCUUCCGCCGCCGCCUCCGCCGCCUGAGGAUCUACCUCCCCCACCACCAGAGCCUUUCGAAUAUGAGCCAGAGCCAGAGCCCGAAUCGUUUGAGCAGGCUGAAUCGCCCGUGAUCGAGGACGCAGCUGCCGUCGUCGGUGAAAUCUCAAUCUCAGACGAGGAAAGACGCGAGCGCCGUCGAAGCAGGCGUAUGUCGAAACCGGAAGAACGCCCCAAGGCACGCCGUAUUUCAGUCGUCGAGAAAGAGAGGCCAUCGGGUCGUCGAGUAGAAUCUGAUCGGCCCCGCGCUCGAGAUUAUGGCGAUGACCGGCCAAGACCGAGACGUGGUGAGACGGACCGACGUGACAGGAGGAAGAAGAAGGAAGAGUCAAGCGGCCUUAAGGGGCUGUUUGGAGGUUUGAAGAGGAGAAUUACGUGA